AAUUUUUUUUAAAAAGAAUCAUAACCUAAUUUAUUUGAAAACAUGUCAAGAUUUAGUGGAGCUUUACAAUUAACAAACUUAGAUGAUUUCAUAACACCGUCUCAGGAAUGUAUAAAACCCGUAAAAAUCGAAACGACAAAGAGUGUAACAGGUGCAAAGAUUGUUAUCCAAGAUGAUGGAUCAUACUUGAAACAGGAUCCAGGUGGUGUUCUCCAAUCAUUAAAAAAAGUUGAGAUAUCCUUAACUGACUGUUUAGCUUGUUCGGGAUGUAUAACUUCAGCCGAAGGUGUUCUUGUCAGUCAACAGAGUCAAGAGGAAUUACUUAGAGUAUUUAAUUUAAACAAGGAGCUAGCACAAGCAGGAAAUUUAACAGAUGUUAAGAAAAUUGUCGUAUCAUUAGCAAUUCAACCAAUUUUAUCAUUAUCAGUUAAAUAUGGAUUAUCUGCAGAGGAUACGAUGUUAAGAUUAUCGGGAUAUUUUCGACAAUUAGGUGCCGAUAUGGUUUUGGAUAUGAAUAUUGCAGAUGAUUUUGCAUUACUCGAAAAUCAACAGGAAUUUAUUGAACGAUAUCGUAAUGCUGAAAAUGAUCAAGUUAAAAAUAUUAUACCAAUGCUUGCAUCUAGUUGUCCAGGUUGGGUCUGUUAUGCAGAAAAAACUCAUGGCAGUUAUAUUUUACCAUAUAUAUCAACCGUAAAAUCACCUCAACAAAUUAUGGGAUCAUUAGUUAAACAUAAUUUAGGAAUGAAUGCAUCAUCAGUAUAUCACGUGACUUUAAUGCCGUGCUAUGAUAAAAAAUUAGAAGCAGCACGUGAAGAUUUUUUCAAUACUGAAGCACAAACACGAGACGUUGAUUGUGUAAUAACUUCUAUCGAAUUGGAACAAAUGUUAGAUUCAGCCGGUUUAAAUUUAAAUCAAAUUGAACCAAAACCAUUAGAUUAUCCCUGGGGAAAAUCGGAUAAAGUAUGUAACGGUCAUGAAGGAUCAGGUUCUGGAGGUUAUGCAGAUCAUAUUUUUAAAUAUGCCACAAAAGAAUUAUUCCAACAGGAUAAUUGUGGGAAAUUAGAAUAUAGAAAUAUCAGAAAUCCUGAUUUUCGAGAAGUAACAUUAGAACAGAAUGGAGAAGUAUUAUUACGGUUUGCAAUUGCAAAUGGUUUUCGAAAUAUACAAAAUCUUGUACAAAAAUUAAAACGAGGGAAAUGUAAUUAUCAUUAUGUGGAAGUUAUGGCAUGCCCAUCAGGUUGCUUGAAUGGUGGAGCACAAAUUCGUCCACAAGGGGAACAACAAUCGUCCCAUGAAUUGGUUAAACAUUUAGAAAACUUAUACAAUGAUUUAGAAAAAUAUGAACCUAGUUCGAAUCAGAUUGUUAAAGAAUUAUACGCGUCAUGGCUGGGAGGCGCACAUUCUGAUAAAGCUAAAGUGAUGUUACGCACACAGUAUCAUGCGAUUGAGAAAAAUAAUAUAGCAUUAAAUAUUAAAUGGUAGCGGAGCGAAAAUGUAUUGUUAGUCUUUUAUGUUUUUUUUAUGUAAAAAAAUAAAUAAAUUAAUAUUUUAUUAAA